AACACGCCACAGCCUCGCCCCCUUUUUGGCACCUCUCCCUCCUACGUACCGAUUCAUAAACAAUAAUAAUCGUGCAUCGAUGCUUGAUUAUUUUUGUUCCUUUGAUAUGUUCAAUUAGCAAAGUAAAUUAAUUUAGCAAUUGAUUUAAGCAGCUGAGAUCUCAGAUCGUCAAUAUUUUCUCUCUCUACAUAUAAUGGAGAAUAAGCAGAAGCGAUACGAGAAAAUUGAUUUUCUCGGCGAAGGACAGUUUGCCACAGUUUACAAGGCUAAAGAUAUCGAGACGGACACGAUUGUCGCUGUCAAAAAGAUUAAAAUUGGGAGCAGAAUUGAGGCAAAAGAUGGAAUCAACAGAACAGCCUUGCGAGAAAUAAAAUUGCUGCAAGAACUAACUCAUGAGAAUGUCAUCGGCCUGCUUGAUGUUUUUGGCCACAAGUCGAAUGUGUCACUCGUGUUCGACUUCAUGGACACCGACAUGGAGAUUCUGAUCAAGGAUUCAUCGAUCGUACUCACUCCUGCCAAUAUCAAAGCAUACAUGGUGAUGACCCUCCAAGGCCUAGAGUAUUUGCACAUGAACUGGAUUCUGCACAGAGACUUGAAGCCGAAUAACUUGCUCCUUGAUAGCAACGGCAUUUUAAAAAUCGGUGAUUUUGGCCUUGCAAAAUUCUACGGGUCUCCGAACAGACAGUACACUCAUCAAGUAGUCACCAGGUGGUACAGGUGUCCGGAGCUUCUAUUUGGUGCUCGACUUUAUGGAGUUGGUGUCGAUAUGUGGGCGGUCGGCUGCAUUUUGGCCGAAUUGCUACUGAGAAUUCCUUUCUUGCCAGGAGACACUGAUUUGGACCAGCUCACAAAAAUUUUCCAAGCCCUUGGCACACCAACCGACGAAUCUUGGCCUGGGUUGUCACAGAUGCCCGAUUACAUAGUUUUCAAACCUCAGAUAGGAACACCUCUUCGUCACAUCUUUACAGCCGCUGGAGACGACUUGAUUUUCCUUUUGGAGAAACUUCUGUCGCUGAGCCCUUUGGAACGAUACAAUUGCACGCAGUGUUUGAAACUUCCUUACUUUACCAAUAAACCUGCACCAACUAGAGGUGAGCUGUUGCCACUGCCGUCUAGUGUGAGGAGGAAUCCCAAUCAAGGACUGAAGAGAAAAUUGUUGGACACAGGCGAAGGACCAUCUCAAAGGAAGAAGUUGGUCUUCUGAAAAAUCACGUCAAACAACUUUGCAGAUUAAACUUGGAAUCUUCUUUGUAUCGUCACUAUGUGAUUAUUCGUAUUGCAUUUGCUCAGAUGAGAAAUUUAUUAAUUAAAAGAUCUAAUACUUGUAAUAGGAUGAUUUAUUUGGU